AUGGCUGACGAAGAUGAGUCGCGGCGGAAGCGCGUGAAAAUCUCCAACGAUGAUUCUGCCUCUGAGCCUAUAACGGCGCCAAUUCGAGAGCAGUUCGCCGACGCUGUGACUGGAACUGAACCUCCAGUUUCUGAUGCGCAAGCUGUAAAAGAGACCGAAGUUGGAAUUACGCACUUCGUCAGUCCGGACUUGCCUGGAUUUGCCGGAGUGGUGAAGAAAAGAUAUACGGAUUUUUUGGUCAACGAGAUACUACCGUCUGGAGAAGUUUUACAUUUAAAGGAUACUGGGCUACCGGAUGCUUUUAAAAAUGCCAUUGGAGAAACUGCCGCAGCCGUUGAGCCUACCGGGAGAGAGUUACAAAACACUCCUACUCCAAAGCCAGCAGGCGAGGAUAGCAAGAAGACAGACGAAAACGCGGAAACUGAUAAUUGCGAAUCCAAGGCAGCGACUGCUGAAACGAAUGACGCUGCGUUGACUCCAGAGGACCGCACGCUAUUGAAUCAGUUCUUCGGGUCUGAAACUACCCCCAAACUUCUCAAUCUACACGCUCGCUCACUUGCUAAACUUUCCUCGAGACCAUGCGAGCUUGGUAAGGUCAAGUCGGUGAUUCUCACUGAUAAAGACCAGAGGACAAGCCUCCACCAAGCAAUCCGCCGCAUAUUUAACUCGAGCCUGGAAUCGUCGACUGACAACGAUGGAACUAUUGUGGUUUCUGCAGCCUCGGUGCAACAGCGUGGAGGCAAAGGUAAACGCACCAGGCAAACUGCGCAAGAUCGAGGCAGCGCCGCUCGAUUGCCCCGCGGUAAACUGGGUUGGAGUGAACUAGGUGGAGAUUACCUGCAUUUCACCCUAUACAAGGAGAACAAGGAUACGAUGGAAGUCAUUUCCUUUCUCUCCCGCCAAUUGAAGGUAGGGCCAAAGGUUUUCCAGUUUGCCGGAACGAAAGACCGCCGUGGAGCAACCGCUCAGCGAGUUAGCGUAUUCCGUAUUUAUCCAGAUCGGAUGACGAGACUCAAUGGGUCCCUCCGCAUGGCGGCUAUCGGCGACUAUGAAUACCAAAAGCAAGGCCUGGAGCUGGGACAGCUGAACGGAAACGAGUUCGUAGUCACUCUUAGAGACUGCCAGUUCCCUAAAGGGGUUGUUGGAGAAGGAGGCCCCUCAGAACCGGAUACCAUUACAAAGGUUAGGGAGCUUGUUGGGAAAUCUCUUAGUGACCUCCACGAACGAGGCUACUUUAACUAUUAUGGGCUCCAACGGUUUGGCACAUUUGCGACAAGGACGGAUACCACUGGCGUCAAGAUGCUCCGAGGGGAGUUCAAGGAAGCCUGUGAAUCGAUCCUUCACUACAGCCCAAUUGCAUUGGCGGCAGCACAAGACGGCACAUCUCUAGAGCGCAACCAAAGACCGCAGAUAAGCACAGACGAUAUCUUGCGAGCCAAGGCUAUUCACAUUUUCCAAACGACCGGGAACGGCCGCGAUGCGUUGGAGGUUUUGCCUAAAAAGUUUACCGCAGAAAGCAACAUCAUUAGGCUUCUUUCCCAGCGAAAGAACGAUUAUUUUGGCGCAUUGCAGUCGAUUCCCCGAAACCUGCGGCUGAUGUACGUCCAUGCCUACCAGUCUCUAGUGUGGAACUUUGCUGCCGGUGAGAGAUGGCGUUUAUAUGGGGGGAAAGUCGUUGAAGGCGACUUGGUAUUGGUGAAUGACUUCAAAGAUGAAAUAAAAGCGACAGCACAGGAUGAGGUCGAUGCAGACGGCGAAGAAAUUGUCCUACCUGAUGCAGACGACAGUGCAGCCGUCGAUGACAUGUUCGAGCGGGCCAGAGCUCUAUCAGCAGAGGAGGCAGCCAGUGGGAAAUAUACCAUCUUCGACAUCGUCCUGCCACUUCCAGGGUUUGACAUCCUCUAUCCUGCCAACGAAAUGACCAAUUUCUACAAAGAGUUCAUGGGCAGUGACAAGGGAGGCAAUCUGGAUCCAUUCGACAUGCGUCGCUCCUGGCGAGAUAUCAGCCUUAGCGGCAGCUAUCGUAAGCUGCUCAGCCGGCCCAGCGCUGACUACUCCUUCGAAGUGAGGACUUACCGCGCGGACGACGAGCAGUUCGUGAAGACGGACCUUGAAAGACUCAGGGAGAGUAAGUCGAAGGGCAGCGUGGAUGCCAGCGUAGAAGAGCAGCUCAACGCAUCAGAGGCCUCGGAGUCUCCAGAGAAACUGGCUGUCAUCCUCAAGUUCCAGCUGGGAGCUAGCCAGUAUGCAACAAUGGCGCUGAGGGAGCUGAUGAAAACUGGAGGGGCCAAGGAAUACAAGCCUGACUUUUCUCGAUAG